GUCCUUCCUGGUUUCUGAUGUUAGGUGUUCACACCAGUCAAGCAGUCUCACUCAGUGCGUUUCCCUGUGCCUCAUGGACCACCUCUAUGGAAACGUACAGGGGAAUAAAACUGAUGAGCGCCACAGAGGUCCAGCCUCUCAGACGACCGUAUCCACAAAGGCCCUGAUUCCACUACUGAUAGUUGGACUGGCUCUGCUUUUCAGUCUGGCAGCUCUUGGAACCAUGACAUAUCUAUAUGCAAACAAAAGAAGUGAUGAACAAAAGAAGUAUGCCUUGCUAGAAGCUCGGUAUAAGAAUUUGUCAGCUGAUUUGAAUGACACUGUUCUCAGGUUUGGCCUUCUAGAUGCACAGCACAUGGAUUUGUUGGCAACUCUCAAUGACUCAACUAAAUGUGGUUGUAGAGUUUGUCCUGAGGGCUGGAUCCAUCACAGAGGAAAGUGCUACCUGUUCCCCUCUUCCAAGAAAAACUGGGAACAGAGUCGAGACCAUUGCAUCACCUUAGGGGGUCACCUAGCCAUUGUGAAUGAUAAACAAGAGCAGGACUUUCUGGUUGCAAAAUCAAACCAAGUCUCCCACUGGAUUGGACUGAAUGAUCUGGCAGUGGAGGGACAGUGGCGUUGGGUGGACAGCAGCUCUCUCAGCGACACCAAAGCUGUUUUCUGGUUUGAUAGAUCACACCUCAAUGGAACAGAUGAGCCAGAUAACUGGAAAAAAGAGGAUCCUUCAGGGGAGAACUGCGGCUGCAUUUCCUUCAGAGGAGAUUGGCAUGACAAUUCUUGCAAAAUGAUGAAGAAAUUUGUAUGUGAGACACUUGCUACUUAUUGAGAUGUAACUAUUUCAGAAAAUGAAAUUAAAUAUUUUACUAUGAAAAUAUGUUGAAUGAUGAUGCUGAUCUGUUCGCCAUUUCGUUUUACAGACCUACUUUGCAAUAUGCUAAAAAUAGUCAAUUUUGUGAUGCUAAAAAACUGCAGGUGUGCAUAUGUGAACAAUUGGCAUGUUUGUUGUCAUGUAAAUGUCUCUACAAAUGUGUUGAUUUGACUUAAUCUGCAAAUGGAUACAAAUCUAAUAUGUGUGAUAUUGAGAGAAUGCUUCUUCCAUAUACAAAUAAUGAAUAUAAUCAGAACAUACGAGUAUGGAGUUGGGAGGCUGCCCCUCCCCUUUUUAAAUGUUUCUGUACGCACCAAAAUUAUGGAUGAGUUUUCUUUAAAAAUUCACUCAGGGUCCCAGCUGCUGUAACAUUUUUUCGCCUCUGUAGCCUACUGUCACCAAGCAAACAUUCAAGGGUGUCUGAAGACAAAGAUGAAUAUGAGUUUAUGCCCUUAUCUUAUCCUUCUAUAAUCAUUGUCUCUUAAAGUUGUUGUUAAAUUUUUGUUGUUGUAAAAAUAAAACUGCUUCUAGGUCAGGCCUACAUCUGAAGAAUAAUAGUUGACUAUGUGUCCUCUUUGCAUAGU